AUGUCAACACCGAGCGAUGGAGUGUACCAACUGAGUGUCCAGGAUGAUGCGACUGAUCGCAAGUUAACGCUGGACUUGACCAGGACGGGGUUGACGAUGCACAAGCUAACGAUCGGAUCUGGUCGAUUUCCUACCCGGGAUGUGCUCUGUGGACCUGAAUCAAGUUCAAGCUUCAAAAUCGAAGGAAGAAAGUUUAUGAAUCAAGUCGUCGGAAGAUAUACCAAUCGCUUGCCAGCCGGUAAGAGUUAUAUAAUCGAUUCCUCGAGGGAGGAGGGGGGGAAGAGGAUAGAAAUAGACUUAGACGAGAAUGAACCUUUUCAAGAUGGACGAGGGAACUGUUUGCAUUCUGGACAAAAUGGCUAUGACUUGAGGGAGUUUGAGCCAGUUGGGGCCGAUUCAAAAAUCGUUCAAGAGUUUCGAUCGACCAACACUGAGCCUGCUAACAGUGAAUCAGUAUCACCGCCAUCAUUAUCAUCAUCAUCUGCCCAUUUUCAUCUGCACUCUCCUUCUGGCGAUCAAGGCUUCCCAGAGGCUAUCGAUAUCCUGGCUACUGUUACCUUAGAACUCUUCCCAGUGCCAAAAGAUACCGAUCUAACUAUUCCGAGUGAGACCGGUCCUAAGAGCAGGAUAGGGAGAGCAAGUUUUAGCCUGAGAGCAAAGUUAUCGGACCCAGAGGAGGUCGCCCGAAGGGACUCUGGAACACCGAUCAAUCUAACUUGGCACACGGGAUAUAUCCUCAAUGACUUCAGAGGAGAGCCGAGUGACUCGAAUGGAAUCCAACAGCACAAAUUGUGGAUCAACAGUGAUCACCAUCUAGCGGUCCAUCAAUCACAAUUGCCAACUGGAGAAAUCCAGCCAAACAAAGCAUUGGGGAUCGAUUUCUCAACUCCAGAGGUCAUCAGGCCAAUUGGUGAGAUCAUGCCCCCAUCAGGGUUCGAUCAGUGUUUUAUAUUCAAGAACACAACUGGAGAUACAGUCGACAACACUAAAGACCCAAAGGCAAUCCUUCGAAGCCCUAAAGACGACCUGAUCCUGGUUUUCUAUUCCAAUCAGACGGCAGUGCAAUGUUACAGUGCUAAUUAUUUCGAUGGAAUCGGUUCUCGGAAAGAACUUCAUCGACGGACUCCGGCAGAGCACGAAGCAGGUGGAUACAAGAAGCAAGGCAUGUUAUCUUUCUAACAAUCAAUUUCUUGAUUCCCUUUCUACAAAGCUCACAUUGUUUGCCCCACAUCUUUACAGAAGCGAUCUAUUUGGAAUUUCA